GCGCACACACACACACACACACACACACACACACACACACACACACACACACACACACUUUUCCCAUUCACAGGUACAAGCUUGGUAGAUCAUUUUAAUUCUAUUCAUUGCUUGUAAAGCAACGGAGGACCGGGACUGGAAAUUUAUUUUUCGUUGUACACUAAAAUUAACUCGGUCGCAGUUAGAAGUUUACACCAGGCAAGUAAAAUGUCUUUGAUUGGGCCGAGUUGACCUUUGUUAAUAUUGUUCUAACAUGUCUACUAAUUAAUUGUUUAGUUCAUGAAGGAAUUAUCACUGUGUAGUUAUUUUUGAUCAGUAAUACACUUGUAAUUCUGGAGAAACCAGUAUUUUUGUGACGCGGAUUGCGACUGCAUGUAAAAGACUACAGAAAAAAAUGGAGUGAAGGUCUUGAGUAUUUGAACGUAGCGAAUACAUACAAAAAUCGCAGUUUCAAACGAUAUCUGGAUAAAUUACACCUUCUGACAGUUUACGAUUUUUGAUGCAGUGACGCUUUGGACUAGUUAACUAAAAGUUUUCUCACCAUUUGGGGUUUGUCAUUUCUUAAGUUUCCGAAAAGCGUGUCAGUACUAUGAAAGUUCAUAAUCGCACUUCCCAAAACUGUAUGUACAAAUAGUACCCGACGAAAUAUUUUAGCAGAGUUUUAAAGUGUAGGCAGAACUAACGAGACCCUUCCUAAUCGGAGCUUUUGAGCGAGAGAGAGAAAAACAUUUCACACUAAUAAAAGUGACACGCUGUUUGCUUUUUCAGGUAAAUAGGAAACGUUAAUAAUUGUUAACAUUUCCAAAAUAUAACAGAACAGUCCAUUGUAGGUAUAUGAAUUCUGUCCUAGAGGCGGGUGGGUGACAGACUGCUGGAUGAUGACUACAUGAGGCAGACGUAACAGUGUAGUGUUCUUGACUGGUGUCAGUACGUGCGCUGAUGCUGCUAUUUCGAAGAGUGACAUGUUUCACGUAAGAAGUAAUCUCUGUUAAUUUCAGAUUCAUCCACGGAAAAAUUUUCUCGUAACCUGAAAAUGGUAGUGUUUGUGAUUUGGUAUCUUACGUAUAUGGCGAAGCAUUGUCAGUUUGUAAUUCAUAUUAGGCUUGUACUGGAAGUGCAGCUUUUCCUGCUGCUCCUGCGGCAGCGUGUUUUUUGGGCAGCGUGGUCGUCCAGUAGUAUUUUUGUCGGCGAGGCAGCUCACAAGCUCGGGCGAAGGCGUACACAGUGGACUCGCCAGCCAGGGGUGGAGGGCAGCUUGUGCCUGUUAGCACAAAUUUAAGUAUUUAAAUGGCGUUUGUAAUGAAUAUGAAAUAUCUUAAGACGUUUGGAAAAUAAAAUUUCCUAAGUGUAGUACACGAGGAGCAGCUCACCACGCCAUAUAUCCAUAACACCUGUGUAAUAGUGUCCUUUAAUCGUUGAUGGGAUGCAGCAGAUGAACGGUAGUCAUAUAGAUUCCUCCAUAUGAAUAUGUUACACGAAAUACUGUUGGCGUGUUGAAAAGCAAAAUGAUUGAAACACUGUUGGCAUCCGAAUAUCAUUUGCUAAAUUUAAGAAGUUACACAUUCGUUUGUAAUGAACACAAGAGUAUAAUGCACGGGCAAAAUGUGGUAGUCUCCCAUGUAAUUAGAAGCAUUUGAUUCGUUUCUGAUUUAGGUAGUGGAAAUAUGUUUUUAGCAAAUGAGCCUGGAAUGCGAGCCUGAAAAUCCCACAACAAGAGAUUCUUAGAAUUCUGUGUUGUUUCGCCCGAUUAGUAUGAGAGAUGCUGCUCUGACGAAAGUAUUGAUCGUGAACAAAAAAUGUUGCAUUACUAGAAAAUAUGUAAUCGGUGAAUAGUUACCUACGUGUCGUCACUUGUAUCAUUCAGACAACCCACCUGUAAAAAUAAUUUCAAAAUCUGUAAACCGUACGAAAUGAAGGCAAACAUUUCUUCCGAAUACAGUGCCUGCCCCAUGUAAUGGAGUAAUAUUGUUUCUGAUAAAUAAUCAAAGUUAAAAUGUACUAGUUUCGACAUCAUAACUUAAAUAACAGCCAAAAUAAGUAAUUCAAUACUUAACACACCUUGUGAGUAACAAUAACUGCCUACUAAUGAAUGAGCUACCGAUAUGUCGGAGAGAUUCCUAUCCUGACUUUGAAACAUAUUUCAUCUACUUGCUUAAUAAUGCUACUAGUUAUUUCACUCUUGUUUCUUUUAAUCUGAUUGCAUCAUUCGAUACUACACUAGUGAAACGGACCCUUGGUGCCCUUUCUAAUGGAAACAGGUAAAGUGCCUCAUUGGAACGUUAUAGCCAGACACCUAUUCUCGGCCAGUUCUUUGGUACGUUCUUUAGUGUCAUGUAUCAGUUGAUGCACGCUUCUCGAAUGAAAUAUUUUCUAUGAAUGCAAGUGCCUAAAAACCAUAUCAGCACAAUUUCUGGUAACGAUGUAUGACAAAAUGUUGAAUUACUCAUUGUAAUUUUAAUGCUCGUUCUCCAGUCACUUCAGUUACCAAACAGUAACAUAAAUUUCGGUACUAUUUUCUCCCAUUCUCAUGUGCAUUUGAAACAUCAAUUGAAAAUGUAUAAACUUCUGAGCAGCACCACGAGCUUGGCAGAAUUCCACUGUCCUUCGUUUGUCCAUUAUGAGUUCUUGGUUUGUCCGAUAUGUCAUAUAGCCAUAAAGACCUCGACGCAUUAUGAACUUCGUGUGGCACACAGACGUUCUUUCAGCAGGUCUUCGGCAUUAAUUCAUAAUUAAGUUAUUUUAUAUUAUUGUAGGGGCGCAAGAACGUAAACUUUGCCUCUUGAACUUCGUGGCGCGUACCCAGCGCAACAAAGGCUCAGUAACACUUAAUUGUUGGGCGAUUAUAUGCAGCUUUCAAUCUCCUUAGUUGCCUCUGUAAUAGCGAAUAAUAGCGGUCUCCAGCCAUAGGCUAUUCGAGGAAGUUCACAAAAAUUUGCCUCAAUUGAAUGUUGAUGUGCUGCGGCAGUAUGAAAGGUAGCUCUUAAACUUUACAUGUGUUAGCGUUGAAAUUUCUGGAAGAUUUGAACACGGAACUAAAACUACACGGUUUCCUCCAUAGCCUAUUGUGUUGACACCUCCGUUGGCGAAGAAAAAUGGCUUUGCAGUUCGGUUUUACAGAAAUGUUCAAGAAAGUUAUAACCUCACCCGAUCCUUGAACGAGCAACAGAAUAAAGGGUGUCUUUAAAGAAAGUAGGAGAUUUUCCUGGAUUUGAAUGAUUUCCAGAACUUUUAUUCAAAAUAUUUGAAAGAGUUGUGCAUUUUGUUUCCCUUUGGAUCUGUUUGACCAUUGUCAUUCCAAAAUCCCUCCCGGCUCACAUGAACAUCUGACCUUGAAACGCAACUUGAGAUCAACUUCUCAAUGUAUUGUUUUUCUCGAUGAGAUUUGGUAUCUGUUGUCGAUUAAUAACAGUACAUAUAUAUUACUUCAAUGGAAUUGAGCUGCACCUAAUAUAACUUACGUGGAGUUCAGAUCUCCGCCAGAUAUUAAUGUAAACUGCUCAAAACAGCACAUAAUUCAUCCGUCUUUUCUGAUACCCCUUCAGACUUUCCACCAGAUGUUCAACAUUGUGAUUAUUAAUAUUCAUGCCGACAUCAGUGCCUUUGUAAGCAGGCUUUAUUUCAGAUAUUUUAUUGGGGCAACAGUCUAGUUUCAGUGGGGCCGUGGGAAGAUGCGAGGCGGCAACAUGGCACAGAAUUAGAACUCCCGUGACGCAGCACGUGGCCCAAGCGCCUAGUGCGCCCGUGCUCAGCGCCACUUGACAAUGCCUGUUCAAUUUUCCGGGCAGUGAACGUUAUUGCCCUUGUUGCUAAAUUGUAGGCGGCAUUGUUUCUCUACGAAGGAAGCAAGAUCACCUAAUUGAUAAAUCAUUUAGUAGCUGUUUCGCAAUAUUUCAGCUUGAUACAAUAAAUUGAUAAUGGCUUCCAGUUACAUGUUACUGAUUUCAAAGCUCAAUAUCGGUUGUGAUAUUAAAUGUCAUGCAUCUAACUCAGCUGAAAUUACCGUUAGAAGGCCCCUAAUUGUAGCAUAUAACAUGACAGUAUGUAAAGCAAUUAUGACAUGGCAUGAGAAACAUUACUCAAGAGCGCUGCGGCAUUUGCAGCAGUCUGACUCUGAGGGUUUACUGUCAUGGAUAAUCUUCCAUACACUGCCGACUUUGCCCCAUCCGAUUUUCAUCUGUUUACAAAAUAACAUGGAGGUCGUCUUUGAUAGUGAUGAAACGAUCGAAGCAGAGGUGGCGUGAGCGCGCGCACGCACACACACACACACACACACACACACACACACACACACACACACACACACACAUGACCAAUUUAUAAUUGCUAAUGCAAAAUUCCGUUAGUAACUGAAAAUUUCAGAUUUAUGGGGAGCAAUUUAUGCAAGUGUUUUAUGGUCGAACAUACACAAUUAUGACAGCGUAAUGCCCUUCUGUCUAAACUGAAAUGCUGCUCUCUAAAUAAAAUUCCCUUUAUCAAAUAACAGAAGCAAAAUAAUUAAAGCAACGGGAGAAUGUAUUCGGCGAGUUUGUGGUAGGAGGUAGAAUACUGCACUACUAUGAAAACUAUGUUCUACGAAAUAUUCUUGUUUAAGAUGGUGUAUAAUCAUCGACUCAUUAAUCACAAGCGAGUGUGUGAGAGAAACGUUUAAAAACAUCGACAUUAGAAAUAUCAGCAAUUGCAACAAAAUAAAUUGUGAAUUUGUUUUCUUGUUGAAUCCCUAAAACAGUCGUCAUUCCAGUGGAAUGGAGGAGGGUAAGAUGGAUUAAUGGAGAACUGUUCUACAGAAUUCGGUGAAUAUUUCACAGAAUUAUUCAGUCAUCGACAAGUAAUUUUUUAACUUCGGUAAGCACAUAAUUUCGGUUUACCGUGAGCAAUAAAUUGCUAAUGGACGAAAUGCAGAAAGGCGGCGCGUCGAAGGUAGGUAGGCGGAACCGUUCAGUGAAUGUUUCUGUUUUGCUCCCCCAAACUUGUCCGUAUAAUAGAGCUACAAUGAGACCAUCAUAAAUGAAUCGGUUCAGGCAUUAUCAUCUAGUAAAACUGUUUGGCUAAUGGCCUUCAAAAAUUUGGUUUUCAGCUGACACCUAUGCCACUAGGUUGACACUGCCCGGCGAGUUGGGCUUAUACAUCCCUUUACGUAAGGCCAAUGCGUCGUCGCGCGGAGGCGCGUUGUUAUAUUUAGCUUGGCCAGUAUUUGGCAGGGGGCACCCGCCCGCCUGGCAGCCUUACCACUUGCCUGCCCCAGGCCAGGGUAUCUUUAGUUGCAUCCCCGGAGCGUACGCGAGAGGUUCGAGUCUUACCAUGAUCUGGGCUGCCGUCACGAACCACGGUAACUCGACGGCCGCGGCAGCGCCAGCUGUGGCGGGUGCAGGUGUAGAGUCGGGCGGUCGCUGGGACGCGAGUGCUGGGGCGGCAGGCGCGAGGAGACACCGGUACGCCCGAUCUUCUACUGCCAGUAGUGUAACGCAGCUUCUGAGCGAGUCAUGUUCAAGUCUGCUUCAACGUUUGACGACGCGUGUACGCGGACCGUCGUCAACCGCAGACUGUCAGCCACAGCCUCAAUCACCCUCCAGUGUCACCACUCCUGGGACUUCGUCUGCUGCCGGUACUACUACUACUGCUGGUGCAGCUGCUACUUUCGGAUUAGGCACUACUCGGUCACGUCUUGAAGACAAGUAUUCUGCAGUACUAAAGCAGCGUCGUCCAGAACGUGACAGAGAAAGAGUAAGGGAGAAGGAUGACAGAGAUAAUGACAAAGAGAUCGAACGCCUUCCAUUAUUGCAGAAGAGUGCGACAAAUGUGCAGUUAUUAAGAGAUUCUCCUCCAGCCCUUGAAUUAAAUCAGCAUCGCCAUCAUGGCCACUCCCAUCAUCACCACCACCACCAUCAUCGUCACCACAGACAUAAGUCUGAUCGUGGACCUGUCAGUGCAGCUGUGCCUUUGGCUUCAGAAUCGCGUACCCGCACCCGGACUCGAACUAGAACCCCACGCAGGGAGCGCUAUUUACCCUCUCGCCUUUGCCCUGUUGAAAUACCACUGUCUGUGGAUGAACCGUCGUCAACCACUCCAGCUGAUGAUGAACGCCAAACGAAACGACAAGAGAUUCAGUCUCUCAUUCUGAAGUACUCUGCAUUGGAUGAAGCAUACUCGCGUCUCACCGAUUCAAAGCGUGUCAUACCUGAUCAGCAGCAGCCACGACAGCCUCAGCCACACCUGUCAUCGCUGCAGAAGCACAAGCACACACUACAGCCCCAUAUUGCAGCACCCCUGCCGACUAGUUCUCGAGCACCCUCCGUGGAGGACGACGAAGAUGGCCACCUGAUAUAUCGCCAUGGCGACGUGCUCCGAGACCGAUAUAAAAUAUUGGCCACCUUAGGAGAAGGCACAUUUGGAAAAGUCGUCAAAGUGAAAGAUUUACAUACGUCCAGAAGACAUUUUCCAAGAAAUUUGAAAAUACCACGUAGCAAUAGUCACAACAGGGAUCAUGUAAUGGCACUGAAAAUAAUAAAGAAUGUUGAGAAAUACAGAGAAGCUGCAAAGCUGGAGAUAAAUGCCUUGGAAAAGAUCGCUGAGAGAGAUCCAGAUGGUGCACACCUGUGUGUGAAAAUGCUGGACUGGUUUGACUACCAUGGUCAUAUGUGCAUUGCCUUUGAAAUGCUGGGUCUAAGUGUGUUUGAUUUCUUGAAGGAUAAUAAUUAUCAGCCUUACCCAUUGGAAGCUGUCCGCCACAUUGCUUACCAGCUGUGUUACUCUGUGAAGUUCCUUCAUGACAACAAACUUACCCAUACUGAUCUCAAACCAGAGAAUAUUUUAUUUGUAGACUCAGAUUAUGACCUUUCAUACAACAGCAAAAAGAAGAGGGAUGUCAGACGUGUGAAGCGCACUGAUGUGAGGUUAAUAGACUUUGGCAGUGCGACAUUUGACCACGAACAUCACAGUACAAUUGUUUCAACACGGCAUUAUCGUGCACCAGAAGUUAUUCUUGAACUUGGCUGGGCGCAACCAUGUGAUGUUUGGUCCAUCGGGUGCAUAAUUUUCGAAUUGUAUCUGGGUAUAACACUAUUCCAGACACAUGAUAAUAGGGAGCAUUUAGCAAUGAUGGAACGAAUUCUUGGUCCUAUACCUUACAGAAUGGCACGGAAGACGAAGACGAAGUACUUCUACCAUGGGAAAUUAGACUGGGAUGAAAAGAGUUCUGCUGGCCGCUAUGUGAGGGAAAAUUGCAAGCCUCUACAUCGAUACCAACACAGUGAUGAUGAGGAUCAUCGGCAGUUAUUUGACUUGGUGUCUCGAAUGCUGGAGUAUGAACCCUCAGCACGCAUCACGUUAGCUGAAGCAAUGAGGCAUCCAUUCUUCGAUAAAAUUCCACCACACCAGAGGCUUGGCAGUGACAGGCGUGGUGGAGGCAGUGCAUCUUCGGACCGGGACCGCGAGCGAAGCCACUCCCUCUCACGGUAUGGGAGUCCGCGUUCUGGAACUCACUGUACGAGUCGCAGUCGGGGAAGUUCACCUGGUGUAGCAACAUCGAGGUGUGCAUACGGUGAUUCGGACAAUUGAGUCAGACAUCCAGCUGCCAUUGUCUCCUUAUUUUGACUUUGGACAGCUGCAUUGUUCCUGAAAAGAAGUGACUUACUGCAAAAGAAGUGCUUCAGGUUCCCUGGAAGUGAAUUUUUCACUGUAAUGUAGUGCCUGAUAGGGACACUUUCCAUGUCACCCAUUAUUGUAUAUCUGUACAUACAUGUGUGUGUGUGUGUGUGUGUGUGUGUGUGUGUGUGUGUGUGUGUGCGCCAGAGGCUGAUACAAAUGUCUUAGUAAAAGGACUGCUAAAACGUUAAGGACUUUUUAUGUAAAGUGUGUUUUACAUGUUUAAUUCAUAUUCAUUUGCUUCAUUGAUAGCAGUAUUGUAAAGAUCAUUUGCCUCAAACUGUGAAUAUUUGUAAAAUUUCGAAGUUAUCUUCAUAUUAUAAAAGAAAGAAAAUCCCAUUUUCACGAUGGAUCAAUAUAAGUAAUAAAUAAUUUAUAUUUUUCAGACUUGGAGCAGUAUUUUUUUAGUGUAAUGUUUUUGUCCAGUUUUCUAAAAUUGUCUCAGAUGAUUUAGUUUAUUGCAGAUCACUUUCUUUUUUACUGGAGCAUUAAGCAUUUAUUGUCAUGGUCUGUGUCCACCUCAUUGUUGUAGAUUGAAUACUUUUACAUGUGAAAAUUUACUAUGGCAGUAAGAAAGUAAAUUAGUAAUUAGAAAUGAAUAUUCACUUGUAAUAUUCAUAUAAUGUUACAAACAUCUAAGAACCAUAUGUGGUUGUAAUGUCGUUUUGAGAUUCGAUAUGCUUGGGAUUAUAUCAAUCAUUAUUAUUUGUACACAAUUCUCUUAGUAAGAGGCCUUCAUAUGUAAUGAAAAAACUUCCAGUACUCAUUGUACCAAAUAUCCAAGCCCACAUUUGGAAUUUGGUCAUAUGUAAAUAGGAAUAAAAGAUAGUGUCAUUAAAGGCUACCUUUUGUUCGA